AUGAAACGCCUGCGAUCAGGCCCCAAGGAGCCUCCGGUGCUUGAGAAGAAAACUCGCAGCCUCCAGGAGAUUGAUGAGCCAGUCCACUUUAUCGUGUCAGACUCGAGCCCUGCGGAUCCGGUAAUCGCCCGAAACCAACCGCGGCUCCUAGGGCUUGCAGGGGCUGAUCUGCAACUUCUGCGAAAGAAACAGCAUCGACUGCGAGCAUCGGCCUCUCUGACGGUGGAAAACAGCCUGGAAUUUGGCUGGCAAGCAAUACGAGCAUUAGCAUCAACACUUAUAUUCGCUCAACACGAGGCUGGCUCCGCCAUAUGCAUCGACCCGCGUGGAUGGAUCCUGACCUGUGCACACUGCUUCGGCGAGACGAGCUACGAAUGGAAAGCCGGGCGUCGAAAAUGGCUUCUCUAUUACAACGGACUGGCUGUGCAGGUCGAAUGUCGGGCAUGGGAUGAGCGUCGUGACCUGGCUUUGGCGAAGAUCAUUCGCAUCGAGACUUCCGAAAAACACAGCAGCCCGGUUCGACCAGUUUUCACCUUUGUCCCCGUCGCACAAACCUUGAAGACCUCGGCUCACAUACUCUGCAUCGGACAGCCAGGAGCGGACGAUCUGGAGUCGGCGGUCCCACGUCAGACCGCAUAUAAUUUGAUUGAGAUCUCCCAAGGUCGGCUGUGUGGCAUGGUAUCCGGUGCAGAUCCAGAGGACAACUCAGAUAUCGGCACUCUGAAACAUAACGCUUGGACAUACUGGGGACACUCUGGCGCACCGCUUCUCCGAAGAUCGGACGGCGCCCUGCUCGGACUUCAUUCCUCGUGGGACGAUACUACGGCGAUGCGUCACGGAGUGCCUCUGGUGGCCAUUCAAUCCUUUCUCAAAACUCACCUCCCAAGCGAACUGGUUGAUCUAACGGCAGAGUCUUGCAGAGACGAAAACCGAGAAAUUAUUACAAUAGAUUGUUCCGACUAA